CCGCAAUCAGCAUAGUCAUUGUGAUAAUCACAAUCUGCAUUUCUCAUAUUGUGCACUUUCAUUGUUUGUGUGAUUGUUGUUCAUAGUUCUAGUACUAAUGCCUGCAUUACAAGUUGAGCAACUCAACCAGCUAAGGGCCAUCUUUGCGAGAUUCGACAUGGACUCAGAUGGCAGCCUCACCAUUCUAGAGCUCGGCGCUCUCCUCCGGUCCCUAGGACUCAGGCCCUCAGGUGACCAAAUGCAUGUUCUGCUAUCCAACAUUGACGCUAACGGCAAUGGCUCUGUUGAAUUUGAUGAGUUGGUCAAGGCCAUUUUGCCUGACAUGAAUGAGGAAAUCUUUAUAAACCAACAGCAACUCAUGGAGGUUUUUCAGUCCUUUGAUCGCGACGGCAACGGGUACAUUACUGCAGCAGAGCUGGCAAAAUCCAUGGCCAAAAUGGGCCAGCCCUUGACAUAUAAGGAACUCACAGAGAUGAUGAAAGAGGCCGAUUCAGAUGGAGAUGGUGUGAUCAGCUUUAAUGAAUUUGCUACCAUAAUGGCAAAGUCUGCCUCGGGUUAUCUAGGUCUUGGUCUCUCAUGA